AUGCAGGUUAACAGCUUAAUCGAUAGAGGUCAAUUAUGGAGACUGGCUACAUCUUCUGUUCGUCAUGCAAAUCCUAUGCAUCUCAUGAUAAAUUGCUAUUCUUUGAAUUCCAUUGGACCAACUACUGAGAGUUUAGGUGGCCCAACGAGAUUCCCUGCCGUUUACUUCACUUCUUCAAUCUUGACUAACAAAAACCAUCUUAAGAGUUCUAGGUUCAGCAAUGAGUUCCUGGCUCAACAAAGCGCCGUUGGCUCGGUAGCUGUAUUUGUCAUGAGACACAAACAAAUGGUCAGAGGUGGCAAUGAAAAUCUGAUGCAGAUAGAUCAGACAUUGGGUCUAGUAUCCAGAGGCAUAGAUAACUGGGGACAUAUUGGUGGCUUGCUUGGUGGAACCGCAAUGGCAUGGCUUGUAGGACGACACUGGAAGUUUGAGUAUACAACAAGAGAUGGUUGGAGAGUCUUCGUGGACAGCGCUCCAGCUCCUCUGCUUUUGCGUUGGUGA